AUGGCACCAAGAACUAGGCGCGGCGGGAAUCGCUAUGGCAGCCCUAAUGGCGAGAACGUCCAGGGUAGUUACAACCAAGAACCGUAUCAACAAAAUAAUGUUCAGGAUACUGGUUAUCAGGGGGCCGGUUCAAGCGGGCAGCAACCCUACAUGAUGCUACCGAUAGAAUUAGUGACUGCCCAAACUGGAGUAGCCCAAGCACUACAAGCCCAAUCACAGCUAGCGCAAGUCCAGACUGUCCAAACCCAGGGUCAUGGACAAGGGGGAACCCAAUCCUACUAUGAGAAGAUGAAAAGGGUCCAUGUCCCCACCUUUGAUGGAACCCCUGAUCCAGACUUGGCAGAAAAAUGGUUAGAUGAAAUAGAAAAUAAUUUCGCACUGUUGCAAGUGCCGGAAGAGAUGAAACACCUAAUUGUCAAACCCUUUUUGGUAGGGGAGGCCAAUAAGUGGUGGGCAACUCUGGAACCUACCAUCGUCCCACCAGUAAGUUGGACAAAAUUUAGAGAGGAGUUCCUGAAAUACUUUUUCCCACCUGCCGUGAGGAUGCAGAAAAUAGAUCAGUUUGAAAAUCUGAAACAGGCACCGGGAAUGUCUGUGGUGCAAUAUUCGAAUAAGUUCACGGCACUGGGAAGGUUCGUGCCGUCGACCAUGGCGGAUGUGGAAUUGAAGAAGUAUAAGUUUAUACGGGGGUUGUUGAGUAGGAUUCAAACUAGGGUGAACACCACUUAUACCCCUACGUUUAAUGAUGUACUGGACGCCAGUGUUAAGGCGGAGGCUGAUUGCAAAAGAUUGGACGAAGAGGGUAGGAAUAAAAGGCCUAGAACAGAAAAUGAACUUACGGUGUCGGGAGCACUGAAGCCCGGCGGACGAUUCCGCUUGAUUAGGAAAAGUCAUAGGCCACCACCAAAGGCAACUGGGGGAAAUACCUUUCCUGCAUGCAAAACUUGCGGGAAGAUGCACCGGGGAGAAUGCCGAUUUAAAACGACUUUACCUCCGUGUAAGACGUGUGGGAAGAUACAUCGAGGGGAAUGCCGGAUGAGGACUGGAGCUUGUUUUGAAUGUGGACAGCAGGGCCAUAGAGCUGUGGAUUGUCCAAGUAAGAAGGUAGGAGGAGAUAAGGGUAACAAUCCCCCGGAUAAGAAGCCAAAGAUUAACGCGAGGGUGCAUGCAAUGACCGACGUUGAGGCGGGAGUGUCAGGCGAUGUGGUCACAGGUACUCUUCUAAUUAAUUCUGUACCUGCAUACGUGCUAUUUGAUUGUGGAGCUAGUCAUUCUUUUGUCGCUAAGAAAUUUGCAAAAUACUUGCGCAUGCCCCCUGAAUAG